AUGGGGUAUAAUGCAUUGAUAUCAUCCAGCUACUCAAGGGCAUUGUGCAAGCGCCCUCAAACUACAUCCCUCGCCUCCAACCGAGCCACGAGUAUAACAUCACCCCCAAUCCGAGGGCUAUGGCGAUACUCAUACCAUCGACGAGAAAGCCGAAGCCCCGGCAAAGGAAAACUAUCGCAGAGGCAUACAUGGCAUGAUCAGUCCAGACUGCAGGAUCAAGCCUCGCGUUUCCGUCGGCGAUCACGGUCAGAGUCAGAUAGGCAUCAUUCCUGGCAGAAUUUAGGGUUGGGGUGGGGUGUUACGAAGUCCAGCUUCCCAGGUCGUUUGGGCGGCUUCUGGGAGGCACAAAGGGUCCGUACGCAGCAACGGAUCGAGCAGAUCAAGAAGGAGAUCGACGCCGAUCCCUACAGGGCUCUGUUUGGUCGAAGGCUUGAGCCGUUCAACUUUGGGGGCAAGCAUGGUGGUAUUUUUGCGUCGAUGAUCCAGUCGUUCCUUGGUCGUGGACAGCGGGCAGAAUCAAAUCCCAGGGGGACCGAUACGACGGCUGAAGUGAAGGCUGCCGAUCGUCCAUCGGAGAGACGAGCAGGUGACAGCCAGACGUCGACUAUCUCUAAAGGAGAGGACACUCCAGGUGGAACCCUAGAAAAGGAUGCUAAUGCAGACUAUGUGUUUGAUCCUAUCAGUGGUCGUAUGAUUCCGCGCAAAGCUAAAGGCUUCAAUGAACCCGAGAAACGACAGACAGCACAGGAAGACGAUUCAGCUGACAUGUCGACUCGAAAAGAUGAGACUAGUAUUGACAAUGCUGGAUUUCUCUCCUCAAUUGCCCGCUCAAAAAACACAUCGAAGACGAAUGAAUCUAUAAGAUCUGAAAAUAAAGAAGGCAGUAAAGAAAUUCUUCGGCCCAUGGAGACUCAUUUGUCGGAGACUUUGACCAAAAAGGGAGCCCCUCCACACAAUGAUACUCAUAAACAUAAUUUAGGGCAUCCAGAGAAACCCGUGUAUGACGGAAUGACCAGGUCUUAUGAUGAAAGCUUGCCCUUUCGAGAAGCAGUACCUAAUUCUCAAGCAGAGCCAAGACAUGAACAGACUCUGCAAUAUACCCCAACGGAGAUCCAUGAGACUGACCAGAUAGGAAAGACCGAUAAAAGCGACGGCAUGAAAUGUGCUAUUACACCAAGCAUCUCGCCCGAGAUUUCAAGCGCAUCCCGGGCAUUCCGAGACGUGGAGCAGUCGGAUGCCUGGAUAACGCGGGCAGAAAAGGAAGAAGAUCUGGAUCUCUUGCGUGCAAGCGAUAUCCGCGCAACGUAUGCGCUUGAGGGCAAAGGCCGAAAGACUGAUAUGCAGGACCGGGAGAAGCGCGGCAAUUUAGAAUUGGCUUUUGAAUCGUACCAAGAUCCAGUUAAGGAUCUGGAUGCUCAAAGUAUUCGGGCCAAGUACCAACCUUUGAGUGAGAGUACUCUACCUGAGCAUUUGCCACUGUCUGCACAUUCAGGGUCAACAACUCAAGGGUCUCCAGAGACCCCAUUAUCGUGCGCGCCAACUGUCUCCCAAGAUGCGUCUGAACUAAUCGGUGGGCUGGGUGAGCAAUCUCAUGGAAUUCAAGCGCCUCGCAUCUGCUCGUCGGCAGCGGUGUAUCGAUUGCUUGUAUAUGAUCCAUUUACCAUGCAAGUAAUAGAGGCAGAGACCAAAUCCUCGCAGCAAUCGGAAGGCACGCCGCUUUCUCCCGUCGAGGUUCUUUCGCGUUUGAACCACCCGGCUAGGUUUGUGCCAUACCUUGCCAAGAUGGACGAAGAUGGCUUCGAAAUUGUUUCUGGUGGCGGAGAUAUUAUUUUCUUCAAGCAGGCAGUUACGGGUUGCUCAGACCCUCAGUCGAAACCCUCGAACAGCGGACCUAGGCAAGAAGACAAUAUGGCCGAAUCUCCUACCUCAUCAAAUUCGUCGCCCUAUUUGCCUGUCUCUAACCAGACCUCGAGUGAUAGGCUUCACUCAAACACAUCAUCUCGAGAUCGCGCUGUUUUACGAGGAAUUCUUAUCAGUGGCAUAGCGACAGUCGCGACAUGUUACGCCAUUGGUGUUGUUGUCGAGUACUUUCGCACUGGCGGACAGGACGGACUCGGUAUCGAUGGUUUCACUGAGUUCGAAUCUGAAAGACGCCACAGGGAUCGAGAGUGA